AAAGUUCUUAAAGAUAACCACAAGCUCACGUCUCUGCCUCCGUUUAAACCGGACCGUUACAGUAUACAUAAAUAGUGUUUAGUGAUUUCGGAAGCUCUUCUUUUGGAAAGCUCACACCGAAAGUCUCCAACAUAACUCUCUUUCUUUAAAACGUCUGAAUCCACUUUUUAGGCUCGUAUCUAAUAAGAAAAUGUUGUUCAUUUCGGAUGUUUGUUUAUAUACGUAGUAUAUAAUUCAAUCUUUUAUGUUCACAUUGUUUUAACUAUAUUGGAGAAAGUCAGGAACUAUUGAAACCAAUAACCAUGAAUCUACACGGACCUGUGUGGCGUGGGAAUUCCGCCCGCUCGUGGUAAAAUCUUUGGAGGCGCACUUGAGUUUUAUUUUCGCCUGUUAAACAACGUUAGCUGAGAAUCUAACCGGUGCUGCAGCCAGAUAAAUAGAUAACUAAUAAUAUGAAUACGUCUGGAAUUCCGCCGGAUUCAUGGCAGCCAUCCACCGUAUCACUAGAGACAACAAUGGGGAGGGUUGUUGUGGAGUUGUAUUGGAAGCAUGCUCCCAAAACCUGUAAGAACUUUGCUGAGCUGGGGAGAAGGGGUUAUUACAACAACACCAAGUUCCACCGUAUCAUCAAGGAAUUCAUGGUCCAGGGAGGAGACCCCACUGGAACAGGUCGUGGUGGUGCUUCCAUUUAUGGAAAACAGUUUGAAGAUGAGAUUCAUCCUGAAUUGAAAUUAACAGGAGCAGGGAUCCUUGCCAUGGCAAAUGCAGGCCCGAACACCAAUGGGAGCCAGUUCUUCUUGACACUUGGACCCACACAGUGGCUUGACGGGAAACACACAAUUUUUGGCAGGGUUUGCCAGGGAAUAGCAGUGCUCAAUCGCAUCGGCAUGGUGGAGACCAACACUCAAGACCGACCAGAAGAGGACAUCAAAAUUAUAAGAACGUACUUGCCCAACUGACCAACUUCAAUUUUGACCAGCCUUUUCACCAAUUUUGUAUUUUUUCCUGUAAUUACAUUUGUAGUACAAAUAAACAUAUGUUUGUUUUCCAAUAAAAUCUUUGCACAUA